UUAUUAAUUGGAACACAAUCUCUCUCUGGUUCCAAUCCUGUUCUUAUUUUCUUAGUAGUUACUUUUUCUGGUUCAUCUCUAUACCGAAAUUGUAGUUAACCUUUAGUGUGACCUUUUGCCCGUUUGUUGAUGAAUUUUUCCUGAUCAUCUCUCAUUAUUAUCAAUUGUUCUUGAUAUUCUGUAAUUUUGCCAUGAGAUUUAAUUGUGAUGUCUUUAAUUAUAAUGGAUAAAAGUGAUAUUUUCAGUGAUAUUCUUGAAUGUUCCGUUUGCUUUGAGCAACUUGAUUACACUUCCAAAGUAUUACCAUGUCAACAUACAUUUUGUAAGCGUUGCCUGGAGGAAAUAAUUCACGCUCAUAAGGAACUUCGAUGUCCAGAAUGUCGAAUCAAGGUGGACAUUAAGGUAGAUGAUUUACCAAGCAAUAUUCUACUUAUUCGUCUCCUCGAGGGACUUAAAAAUAACCCCAAAUUAGCACUGAGGACCUCUAAAAAUGGAAGCGGUCAUUACAAUAAUAAUAAUGAAUUAAAUCACCAACGGACAUCAUUUAAUACGUUAAACAAUAACAAUCGAAUCAAUCAAUCACCAUUGUACUCAAAUGAACAAAUUUGCCGACUCCAAUCAGCCAAUGAAAUUGGCAUUUCCUCAUUGAAGGUUGAUUCAUCGUUACCCUCAUCAAUAUUACGCCAACAACAACACCAGCGACCAGCGAGUCUCAGUCAACCUGCCAAGAAUGAUACAAAUAAUAUCAUGAAACACCAACAGUCAACAACAACACCAACAUCAUCAUCCACAGGAAACUUAUCACCCUGUAUAACUCGUGCCAAAGCUCUUUACACAUAUGAUGGCAAGGAACAAGGGGACUUGUCUUUCGAUAAAGGUGAUGUCAUUAUAAUUCGCCGUCGAAUUGACCCAAAUUGGUUUCAUGGUGAACUCAAUGGUAAACAGGGUUUUCUACCGGCCUCUUAUGUUACCCUUUUGGCCCCUUCACCUGUACCACCUCAAUGUAAAGCUCUGUACGAUUUCAGGGUAACCGAUGUAGAGGAAAAGGACUGUCUUCCCUUUAACAAAGGUGACACCAUAAUUGUUAUCCGACGGGUCGAUGAAAACUGGGCUGAAGGUCGUUUAGAGGGACGUAUUGGUAUUUUCCCGAUAACUUUUGUCGAAAUGAAUUCCUCGGCCAAAGUGUUGCUUAAAUUGACUACACCAACUCCACCAUUACCCCCACCUACUGUCGCUGUUAUUUCGGGAGCGGCAACAACACCAGUAGCUAAUGUUAUCGGCGGUGGCAGUGGAUGUUUACAAGGUUUACAUCCUCCAUCCACCGGAGAUGCAAAUUUAAAUUAUUUAGAAGAUUCCAAUGGAUCAUCAUCAUCAACCUCCAGUCUAACAACAAGUCCAACAUCAUUAAACUGUACCCAGUCUACUACAUCUUCCUCUUCAUCAUCUUCAUCUUCAUCCUCUUCCGCAGGUCUUCCUUUAACUUCGCCCUCACCUAAUGGUGUUUACACCUUCUUAUCUUCAUCAACUGCACCAUCUCCGCUAAUCGCUAAUAACAGUAACUCCUCCACCGGUAGUAAGAUAAUUAACAGUAAAUGCAACGGUUCAACAUCUUCCACGGUAUCAAAUGUCAACCCAAUAAGUUCAUCAGCUCUCUCAUCAUCUUCAUCAUCCUCAUCUUCCCAAGCAACCAUUAUCACCACCCCAACGUCAACCUCUAAAAGUCAACCCAUUUACCAAUCGUCACAAGGAUUGCUGCCACUCUCUUCCCACCGAUCUCCAUCUUCAUCCACCGCCACUUCCUCACUUUCCCAUAAAAGACACUCUGUAUGUGUACCCCAAGGAGUGUCUCUUUGUUUACCUCCCUCAUAUCAGAAAUUGAAUCCUCUCGGACCGGAUACCAAACCUUCAACUAAUGGACUAUCAUCUUCACUGGGUCCAAAUAAUAACCAUCGCCAUUCAAUGGAACUACUCAGUGAAUUCAAUCCAUCAUCAUCAUCAUCGAAAAAUGAUAAUCUUGAAAAUUGGACCAACGAUGAUCUCGGAAUACGAAAUUCUGGUGUUCGAAAUAGUUGGAGGCGAGAAACAAGUCUCUUGGAAACUCGAUGCCCUGUGAUGAACUUUCAAUCAACAUCCACUUAUUACAUCGCUUUGUACAAUUACAGUCCACAGAAAAAUGAUGAAUUGGAACUGAGAAAAGGUGAAUUGUAUUCCGUUAACGAAAAGUGUCAAGACGGUUGGUUCAAGGGAACUUGUUUACAUUCAAACGAAUCGGGAGUUUUUCCUGGAAAUUAUGUCCAAGUGGCUAAAGCUUCAAUGUCUUCAUCCUCAUUCCCUCUCACUCAAUCAUCUUCUUCAUGUAAUCUUUCAAUCGGGAAUCGUUACCAAUCAAAUGAUGGAUCAACCACCAAACCCUUUUUUCCACCGCCGAAAGCCAAGCCACCCCUCCCUGAGAAACCUUUAUUGGACAAUUUAGGAAAUGCUAGUGGAUUAGGAUCAUUAUCGCCCAAUAUUUUAUCUCCCUCAUCAUCUACUUCAAACACUGCGACUUCAACGCCAACCGGUGCUUCCAAAUUUGCCAACUAUGCACGACCUCGACCAACCCCUGACCAAUGUCCUGUAAAUGGUGUCGAAAGUACCAGUACCGUCAGCUCAAAAUCAAACGUUAAACAAGGUCUAAAUUUCUGGUCUACACCUAAACCACCCCAACGACCUCCUCGUCCAACGACCAUUGUCCCCUCAUCUUCAACUGGAGAGACAAAUCAAAAGUCUCAUGUUACUAAUGAACAAGAAGACGAUGAAUCCUCAUCUUCCCAAAGUUCAUCACCUCAAUGGCAUCAGCCCAAAGUGGCCGCAACCCGAACACUAACCAAUAAUUCAUCUUCCUCAUCAUCAUCUACAUCCACCAAUAAUUACAAUUCUAAUCCAUUAAUCCAAUUUUUGAGUUCGAAAAAAAGUUCAAACAAUAUUAGUAACGAUAAUUGCUCAUCAAAUGGUCCAACUCGUAACAACAGUUGUAACAAUAUAAACACGACCGUUAAUACUAAUCCAAAUCACCCUGAGAAUAGAUCAUUCGGAAUAUUAUCAACACCCAGAGCAUCGUCUUCGUGCUCAUCGGUUAAUAACAAUUGCGAGCGAAAAGAGGCCAAAAAAGAGCGAAUAAGUUUGAUGAAACGCUGGACAUCAGGGAAAUCGAAAAAAUCUAAAUCACCCCCACCCAAUUCAAACGGUUUCUCCUGCGACAAUCCAACCUUUGUCGACACUUCUCCACCUCGAGGUCAAAAUGUAAUUCUAUCAAAUCCCGUUACAAGUAAUGGUAAUUCCUCAGCCAAUGUUACUCAUGUUCGUUCAGGUUCAUGUCCGAGUGAAGCUUUGACCAGUAACUCUCACCAUCAUCAUCAUCUCCACCACCAUCACCCUAAUCCUCAUCACCAUCACCAUCAUCAUUCAUCCAAAGGGGGAGGGAUAAUCGGAGGAUUAAUCUCCCAAUCGUCAACAAUUUACAAAGAAAGAUAUCGCUGCAUUGUGCCUUAUCCCCCACAAACCGACUACGAGCUUGAACUUGAAAUAGGCGAUAUCGUUUAUGUCCACAAGAAACGGGAAGAUGGUUGGUACAAGGGAACCUUACAAAGAACCGGAAAAACUGGACUAUUUCCGGGCAGUUUUGUGGAUGCUUUUUAAUCCUGAUGAUGUUUUGUUUGUGGAUCAAGAUAAACACCAACACCAAUUGAUUAGUUUAUUAGUUAAUCACCAACAAUC